GGACAGGACUCCGGGCGCCACACCGACACCGGGCGACCGCGCGUGCUGUUAACCUCGGGUCCUGGCCGUGCCCGCUCCGGCUUUGGGUGCAGAUGGAGCGGUCUGUGGGGCUCGGCGCCGUCUUCUUGCUCUUAGAGCUUCCGCUUUGGGACCCGGCUGCUCCUGGCUGUGCUAAAUCUCUGGGCUAUAACUUCACAGUCAUUCCUAAUGGACAACCAUGGUGUGAAAUUCAAGGCCAGGUCAAUGGAAACACAUUUCUUCGUUAUACCUGUGGUAGCCAGGAGGUCAAACUCUUCAGUGUUCUGGAGAUUAAUGGCACACAGGCCUGGAAUGAGCACAGCGACCCUGUGCAAUACAUGGUGGAGGAGUUCAAGAAGACCCUGCUUGACUUUAAAGCAGAGAUUCCUGCAACCAGCGGUCCUCUCUCCCUGCAGGGCAGCAUGAUGUGUAAGGAGGAAUCCAAUGGGCGCACCGGAGUAUCCUGGGAGUUUGGAUUGGAUGGACAGAUAUCUCUCCACUAUGACCCAAACAACGGAAACUGGACAGAGCUAAAUGAUGAAGGCAGACUGUUAUAUAAAACAUUGAUGCGUGACACACAUAGGAUCGAACUCCUUAAUAGGACCUCAGUUGGAGACUGUAUGAAGUGGCUUAAAGACGUUUUGUGUCCCCAGGAUGAAAUUCUGAGCACAAAAGCUGCAUCAACCACUGCCAUCGCCACUGACCUGCCCAAGGCCACAACCAACACCCCCAUCUCUUUGAUCCUCUCUGUGACUCUCUCCUGGGCAAUCAUAGUUGCCAUCUUAGGCUGAGGCCUUUACAGUAACAGGUAUUGAGGGCUUAAUUAUGUGGGAAAUGGUGGAAGGCCAUGU